CAUAUUUUGAGGCUUUACUAUUAUAUUACAGUGUCAUGGAGCUCGGAAACUUUAAAAGAAUGCAACCCUAUGAAUAAGUCAUAAAAAUUACGCCAUUUUGAUUAAUCAUUGAAAUCAAUUAAAAUGAUUGAUCAAUUAGUCGGCGAUUAUUUUUGGACACUACGUAAAGGUGUAAAUUAUUAAAAAUGGAACCGAUAAAUAAUUUCGUCAAAUUGGAAACUUGCGAAUUGGAUACAGAACCUUUCAUUAUGAACCACUCACAACCAAUGCAUAACAAUCAAUUCGGACAAGGUUCUUCCAGUUCCUAUACUGUUAACAACAGGGAGUACGUUAGCUAUCAUCAAUAUGCUCAUAACGAAGCAGAAAUGAGUGGCAUUAAUGAACAUAGAAAUGGAAUGGUCGACGCAGUUCAAAGGCACUACGACCAAAUUAUUAAAUCUAAAAAUGAUUAUACAACAUUUCAAUCGCCUGGCUUUGAUGGUAACAAUUACACCCAACUCAGUAGUGUUGAGCGAAGCAACGAGUUGGAUACGCAGCCGACGGAAUCAGACGACAUACCAAUUGUAUUAAAUGGAAAAUAUUUCAAAAUUAUAGAAGAGAUGAAGACCACUGAGCAGCAGCGAGUUGCACGCAGCGUCAUAGCUAUGUGCCAGCAUUGUUCACGAGAGAAAGUGAAACCAAUACAGGGUUCAAUGAGAAUAACUUCGAAUUUUGUACGUCAUCUGAAGACUCUGCAUCCGGCAAAAUAUGAGGAAUUCAUAGUCGAAAGGCAACUACAAACGCGUACGCCAAGAGGAAGGCGCGCUCAAAAACGUGGAAUAUUCCAAAUUGCGAAUGAAAACCACUUAAGAACUGAAGGUUAUGUGGAUGACGAUAUCAACGAUCAAAGUCAAGAGGGUGCCACUGCAUUCACCGACAAUACGCAACCAACAUCAACAUUUAAUGCCAAUAAUACUGACAACAACGAUAUGUAUUCUGCUGAAUCGAACGACACUCAUAUGUCGGAAGAAAGCAUUGAUAAAAAGAGUGGUAUCUACCAACCGCCCUGCGAUCCGAAUGAGAUACCCACAAUAUUAAACGGGAAGUAUUUUAAAAUCAUUGAGCAGGAUACAAACAGCAACCGUGCAUCUAUUGGCGUUGUAGCCGCUUGUCAAUUCUGCGAAACCGAUAAAUUGGUUAAAGGACCGUUAAAAGUCACUUCGAAUUUUAUACAGCACUUACGAAACCGCCACUUUAAGGAGUAUAAUAUGUAUUUACAAGAUAAAUUUAAUGGUAGUAACCGAUGUCGUCGGUCGCUCACUAAACAGCCCACACAAUUACCAAUUGUUGAAAAACUUUUAAAUUUCUUUAUAUCAACAAACGUACCGAUUUCUGUAAUGGAAGAACCAACUUUUGUUGAACUCUUUCGUGGCACCGGAAUAUCUUUAUGUACCAGUGCGCGCCUACUUGUACGCUUAGAUGAUAUGCAUAGCGCUUUUGUAGAGAAUAUUAAGUAUAGACUGCAAGAGGUACCUCAUAUUUGUGUGGCAGCUGAUAUUUGGAGUAGUCAAAAUAAACAAUAUUUUGGAUAUACUUGCUUUUGGUUAGAUAACGAUUUAAAACGUCAAAUGGCAGUACUUGCUUGUGUUAAGCUUUGUGAUAUGCCAAGUGUCCAUGAUGUCGAGACGUUAAUAAAACAAAUUCAUAAUAAAUAUGAAUUGAAUGAGGAUAAAAUAAUCUGUACUGUUGUGGAUGGUGUACAGGAUUUCGCACAAACAUUUCAUAAUUUCAGCAUCAAAAGCAUUUGUCCGGAUAACUGUCGAGAGGAUUUGGAUAUUACAUUUGGUAGCGCUCAACCUUUACUGAAUCAACUUCCAAAGCGAUUUCAAUGGGGCGAACAUAGUCUGCACAUAUUGAUAGUAUUUGAUUUUUAUAACAUUUUGAAAGCUCAUGAAAUGCUGCAUCAAAUACUGACACGCGCAUUAAAUAUAUUAAGUAGAUGUAACGAUUUUGAGGCGAAUGAAGUUGCUGUAUAUUUAUUUGAAUGUCGUUUGGCUCCAGACGAUGUACGUUGGCCAGUUUGGUAUGCAUCGUUGACACAACUACUCACACGAAAACAACACAUAGAUGAGCUAUGCACUUUUCUCAAUGUAUCCAAAUUCAGCCAAGAGGAAAUUGAAUAUUUGAAAGAAUUCUGCAUGAUACUCAAACCAAUUGCAGAUGCAUUGGAAUUUCUACAGCAAGAGAAUUAUUUAUAUCACGGUUAUUUUCUACCUACUAUUGUAACAAUUAAAGUCAAAUUACAAAAAUUGCACGAUUGUAGACAUAUAAAACAUUUGCACAGCGUGGCGCAGCAACUGAGUAAUGCUUUAUUACAACGCUUACAGAAGUAUUUUGAAUUGAGCUCUGAAUGCAAUGAUGCAAUCAUUUCCGCUAUAGUCUGCCCAGCUGUGAAAAUGCGUUUCUUGGAAGCAAUGCGCGAGACAGCACCCAAUGUAUCAACAGAGACACUAAUUGAACUUCUAACAAAUUAUGCAGAAGAAUUCUAUACACAUAAUGAACAAGUGGAAAUUAGAGAAAAACAGCGGCAACCAUCUGUAGAUACAUUUUUAUGCUUUAAUCCGGAGGAUAAUGAAGAAGCGGCAUUGGAUAAUAAGCCUAGCACCAUUAUACGUAAAGAAUUGUUAAGCUAUGUGCAUGAUGAGGAUAAAACAUUUGCUUGUUUAAAUCGAUAUCCACUUGUUCAAAAGGUUUUUCAUAAAUACAACACUAUGCCGCCAACUUCAAUGGCAUUGAACAAUUUUUACCAAACUUUUCUGAAUGUCAGCAAUGGGCAGAAAGGGCAGCAGCUAACUGAUGAACAGUUAGAACGUUUAGUUCUUACAAAAGUUAAUAAAUUAAUGUAAAAACGUUUACUGAACAGCUUGUAUUAUAUUUAUUUAUGUGUAUAUUUAUUGUAUGCCGUAUUUUGAAUGGUUAUAUUGUGAAUUUGUUUAAAAGUAUAUUGUAUAAAAAUAUGCCAGUUAGACAUAUAGUAUAAUCCCUUUUUUACGCUUAAAACAGACAAGCUUAAUGUUUAGUGAUAACUGUUGAAAUAUAAAUAUGUUAAAG